AUGGGAGUAACAUAAACUUGUAUGAAAGAAAGGAACUCUACUCCCCAAAUUGAAUAUAGCGUCCCUAUGAUAUUUAAGAGAAAACCACAAGGCAAAAAACCUCAUAAAUAGAAUAUUUUAAUCCCUCCUUUAUAAUAUUUAGGAGAAAAUGAAGAAUCAUUAGAAUAACUCGAGUUUACAUUAUAAGAAACAAAUAUCAAUUUUAGCAUUCAUAAAACUGCAACUUUUAAUAGUAGUAGUGCUAAUCGCUAAUCUAUCAAGAUUAAUCCAAGUCUGAAUUUGUCACUUAAUACAACUACUCCUAAUUCUGUAUAAUAAUAAAUGCUUCCUAAUUCAUCCUUUUAAGAAAGUAAUUAAAAUAAUGAAGAACCAAUCAUAUAAGGAAAACAAUAGCAUAAAGAAUCUCUAUUUAAGAUGCGAUCAGAAGCUUAGAAUGAUAGACGUGAAAAUUUUGCUAGAAGUUUGAGUAAUAAUUCAAGAGCCUAACGAGCAUAGAAUUUUAAUGAUGAAUCUUCUAUAUCAUAAAGAAAGGAUUCAGAGACCAAUACUAAAAAGAGUAUUUUGAAGAAUAAAUCCCCUCCUAUAACAAAUUAACUAAAAAGAGGUAUAAGUCUCAAAUAGUAAUAAUUACCAAUAAAUUUCGAUGACACAUAAUCAUAAAAAACAUCCAAAAGUUAAAAAAGAGUAAAAUUCGAUCCAAAAAUAUUUAGACCUAAGAAUACUCAUUUUUUAUAAUGA